AUCGUCUUUCUUCAUUUCGCAGUCCCUGUGAAGCAAGCACGAAAGCUGAAGCACCCUGUGAGUCACAUCAUAUCUUCCUUAGAUAUCACCAAACAGCUAGAUUUGUGCGUUCGACAAGGCAGAAGAGAAACGAUGAGGCUGCUAGACGAAGCUCGAGCUUUCACUUGGCCAGAGGUUCUUCAACACGUGGGAGAAGUGCGCAAUAUUGCUUCCAGCCAGUUCAUCUACCACUACGAACAACACAAGCAAAGGGAAGGUGAUCCGUUUAAAUGGGGAGAUGAGAUUGAAGCUCAUCUGGUCAAAUUUGAUCACGACAAAAAAGUUGCUCGACUCAGUCUACGAGCUCUGCAAGUAUUGAAAUGUAUGGAGGAAAAAUACAAAAGCGAAUCAGCAGGUGAAUGGAGUGAGGAGGCUGCCGAGUCCAUGGUAGAAAGCUCUCCCAGAGGUCCGUUCGAUGACGUCCUGAAAUCUUGUCUUCUGGUAGAAGAAAAUAUGCAAGCCAGAAGAAAGGAAGUUCUCGGUGUAUUGAAUUCGAAUGAAACGUGCCUAACCAUUUCUGCUUUUCCUCGUUUCGGACAAAAAGAUUUUACUGAACCUGUUUUCAAGCCAACUCCAGAAACAGGAAUUCUUAAGUCUCUGUUCGUGCCUGAUGAAGUUAUGUGCGCCGAAAAUCCGCUGUACAGGUCAAUGACUGCCAAUGGCGAAGAAAGAAGAGGCCAACGUGCUUUCAUUAACGUCCCGAUUUUUCAGGAUACGAACACGCCAAAACCUUUCCUCGAGAACCUACGCGAGCUUGGCGAUGACGGCCAAUCAGAAGAAGCCGCUUUACCAGACCACGUCUAUGCCGACAACAGCAUGUUUGGACUAAGUUUCUGUGCUCUUCAAGUUACAGUACAAGCUCCAAGCUUGCAAGAUGCCAAGUUUUUAUACGAUCAACUCGCUGUUCUAAGCCCCAUAAUGAUGGCGCUUACAGCAGCAGUACCAAUUUUGCGAGGGUAUCUUACGGAUAGAGACUGUAGAUUUCAGACGUUGUCAGAUGCUGUGGAUGCAAGAACGAAAAUGGAACGAGAAAAGCCUGAAGAAUUAGAUUAUGCCAUUAUUCCGUGUUCUCGGUGGGAACCUGUAAGUUUCUACCUUACAUCUGACGAUUCCAAACUAAAUGACGUUCCUGUCGUUUAUGAUCAAAACUAUUUUGACAAAUUAGAAAAAUCAGGUGUAGACCCUCAAAUGGCUCGUCUUGUUGCUCGAUCUUUUGUUCGCGAUCCAAUGUUUAUAUGUCCGAAUCAACUGGAAGAAGAUGAGACAGGAAACUUCAAUUUAAUUAUAAUGUUACUGAGUACGACGUUUCCAACAGUGCGUUUGAAAGUUCCAGAUGUCAAAGGUAGCGCCUUCUGGCGAACAGAAUUUAGACCCAUGGAGGUAUUUUUUAAUGCUUAUUAAUGCAAAAAAUCUUUC